AUGCGAAUAACUUUGAAUAAGAUGCCUAGAAACAAUUAAGGAUUGCAAUAGGUUUAAACCAAUGCAGAAAGAUUAAUUGCAAAUGCUUAGGAUAGAGAAAAAGCAAAUAAGCAAGAAGUGGAGAUCAAUCUAAAAAAUUACAUAAAUUAUAACUACAUCGGAGAUUUAUUCGUGGGCAACAAACCUCAAAGAAUAAGAGCAAUUUUCGAUACUGGCUCCACAAAUAUUUGGAUACUUUCCAAAGAUUGCAAAAGCUCAAGAAACAUAAUUAAGGAAAAUCUACCAUUUGAUUCUACUCAAUCAUCUACCUUAGAAGUAUCAGAUUUAGCUUGCGCUGUUGAAUUUGGAUCUGGAAAACUUUCAGGAAUAUUUGUGAAAGAUGACAUAAGAAUUGGAGGAACUGGCUUAGAAUAAGAAUAAUUGGAUGGAACUAGUAAGCAUGAUGUGGUCCUAAUAAAAAACUAAGCUUUUGGGCUUGCCAAAGACGAGGUAGUUUUCGAUGAAACCUUUGAAGCUAUAGUGGGACUAGCUUUUCCUUAGAUGUCUAAUAGUUUAGAAGUGGGCUAGCCAUUUUUCGAUUCAUUAAUUGACUAAAAGUUGUUGCAUAUGAAUGUGUUUGCUUUUUAUAUGUCAGUGAGUAAAAAGGAUCAAUCUGAGUUGAUUUUUGGAUGGAUUGACGAGAGUAAAUAUACUGGAAAUAUCGUUUGGCAUCCAGUUAUUAAUUAAUUUUUCUGGCAACUUUAAUUAGAUGAUGUCUUAUAUAACAAUAAAUCGAUUGGUUAUUGUAAGAAAAGAAAGUGCUCAAUCACUCCAGAUUCUGGAACUUCAACAAUCACAUUUCCUAAGCGUGCUUUUGAAAAGAUAAAAUAAUUGAUUCCAGAUCAGAAAAAUUGUAGAGAUAUAAAUGACUUUGGCUAGUUAACCAAGGAUAUGUUUAUUGUCGGUGAUACAUUUAUGUCUUACUACUACUCUAUAUUUAACAGAGAAAAUAACACAGUUGGAUUAGCUAAAGCGUUACAUUAGUAUCCUAUAGAUGAGUCAGGCUUAUUCGAUUGA